CACUUCCGCCUCAGGCUGUCGGCGUGGCGGUGGAAUGGCGGGCUCUGAGUUGCGUGCAGCGCUGGAGCAGCGACUCGAUGCCCUUGCCAUCCGCACCGAGGUCGUGGAACACCCCGAGGUGUUUACAGUUGAAGAAAUGAUGCCUCAUAUCCAGCAUCUGAAAGGAGCACAUAGUAAGAACCUAUUUCUUAAAGACAAAAAGAAAAAAAACUAUUGGUUGGUGACAGUUCUUCAUGAUAGACAAAUUAAUUUAAAUGAUCUUGCCAAACAGUUAGGUGUUGGGAGCGGAGGUCUGCGAUUUGCUGAUGAAACAGUCAUGCUUGAAAAACUGAAAGUUGGUCAAGGCUGUGCCACACCUCUGGCCCUCUUCUGUGAUGAUGGAGAUGUAAAAUUUGUUCUGGAUUCUGCUUUUCUGGAAGGUGGACACGAAAAGGUAUACUUUCAUCCAAUGACCAAUGCUGCAACCAUGGGAUUGAGCCCUGAAGACUUUCUUACAUUUGUGAAGAUGACAGGACAUGAUCCCAUAAUACUAAAUUUUGAUAAAAAUUAAUGCUCCGAAUAACUGUAUUUCUGAAAACUGUCUUUCUUGUAAUUUUAUUUUUUUUAAAUGAAUUAUAUAUAAGAUUUAUUGAAUCUUUUAAGAAUUCAGGCCUAGAAGAAAACAGGCCUUGGGGUGAAGGUAAGGACAUGGAGUUUUUAUUUUAUUUCUGGUACCCUAUUUUAUCCCCUACUCCCCACUUUUUUUUCCUGGUAAUGAAAGUGAGUACCAGGAGGCAGGAACAGGGGAGAGAAAGGGGAGGUAUUGGAGGAAAAAAAAAUGACCAUAUUAUAUAGUUAUAUUGUGUGCCUGUA